AUGGGUACACUGAUCGACCGCUUCGAAGAACACGAUGGCCCAGUUCGAUCCGUGGCUUUCCAUCCUACGCAGAAUAUAUUCGUUAGUGGAGGAGAUGAUUAUAAGAUUCGAUUGUGGUCGUUACAGAGCCGGAAGAGCAUUGCUGUGUUGUCAGGGCAUCUCGAUUAUGUUCGAACUGUUGCUUUCCAUCACGAACUACCAUGGAUCUUGUCAUGCUCCGACGAUCAGACAAUUAGAAUUUGGAACUGGCAGAACCGAAGUCUCAUCGCUACCCUGACAGGUCACAACCAUUAUGUUUGGUGCGCCCAAUUUCACCCAAAAGAAGACCUAAUCGUAUCCGCCUCCCUCGACCAGUCCGUUCGCGUUUGGGAUAUCUCCGGGCUGCGCAAGAAACACUCUGCACCGACUUCAAUGAACUUUGAGGAUCAAAUGGCCAGGGCAAACAGUCAGGCGGAUAUGUUUGGUAACACCGAUGCUGUCGUGAAAUUUAUUCUUGAAGGCCACGACCGAGGCGUCAACUUUUGCGCUUUCCACCCGACACUGCCACUGAUUGUUUCAGCUGGUGAUGAUCGACUAGUAAAGCUGUGGAGAAUGAGUGAUACCAAGGCAUGGGAAGUUGACACAUGCCGCGGACAUUUCCAGAACGCUUCGGCAUGUAUAUUCCACCCCCACCAAGACCUCAUCCUUUCUGUCGGUGAAGAUAAGACCAUCCGUGUUUGGGACCUCAAUAAGCGCACUUCGGUACAAUCGUUCAAACGGGACCAGGACAGAUUCUGGAUCAUAGCCGCUCACCCAAAGAUCAACCUUUUCGCAGCGGGUCACGAUACUGGUGUGAUGGUGUUUAAAUUGGAAAGGGAACGUCCGGCACACACUCUUCACCAAAACCAGCUUUUCUAUGUUACAAAGGAGAAACAUGUGAAAUCAUACGACUUUACGAAGAACACCGAAUCUCAGCCACUGCUGUCGCUGCGCAAACUUGGCGCCCCAUGGGUUCCCCUGCGAACAAUUUCAUAUAAUCCUGCCGAGCGUGCAAUCCUUGUGACCACACCUGCCGAGAACGGCACAUAUGAGCUUAUCCACCUUCCACGAGAUGGCACAGGCGCUGUUGAGCCGACAAAUUCAUUGCGCGGACAAGGAAAUUCGGCCGUUUUUGUUGCCAGGAAUCGUUUCGCUGUUUUCAACCAAGCCAAUCAGACUGUCGAUAUCAAGGAUUUGAGCAACUCGACGACCAAAUCGAUUAAAACGCCGACUGGUACGACGGAUAUCUAUUUCGGUGGCUCUGGCGCCCUCCUUUUCAUUACGCCAACAUCCGUCAGCCUUUUCGACAUCCAGCAGAAGAAGCAAUUGGCCGAACUUGCCGUGUCUGGCGUCAAAUAUGUUGUCUGGUCAAAUGACGGUCUCCACGCUGCACUUCUCAGCAAGCACAAUGUCACCAUUGUGACCAAGAACCUACAACAAUUGAGCUCCAUCCACGAAACCAUCCGCAUCAAGAGCGCUACUUGGGACGAUUCCGGCAUCCUAUAUUACUCAAGCUUGAACCAUAUCAAAUUUUCGCUGUUGAACGGUGACAAUGGUAUCAUCCGCACUUUGGAACAGACCGUCUACCUUGUCAAAGUGAAGGGACGAAAUGUUUACUGCCUCGAUCGAAACGCCAAGCCUCAGAUCUUUGAAAUCGACCCGACAGAGUUCCGCUUCAAGAGUGCAUUGGUAAAGAGGAAUUACGACGAGAUGCUUCAUCUUAUCAAGACCUCUAGCUUGGUCGGCCAAAGUAUCAUUGCCUAUCUCCAGAAGAAGGGAUACCCAGAGAUUGCUUUGCAAUUCGUUCAAGAUCCUCAGACUCGCUUCGAGCUGGCUAUUGAAUGUGGUAACUUGGAAGUUGCUAUUGAGACAGCCAAAGAGAUUGAUCGACCCAAGCUGUGGAGUCGUCUGGCAACCGAAGCUCUUGCUCAUGGAAAUCACCAGACCGUGGAGAUGACCUAUCAGAAACAGAGGCUGUUUGACAAGCUUUCAUUCCUAUACCUUUCUACAGGUGACCAGGAGAAGCUUUCAAGAAUGGCCAAGAUCGCGACCCACAGAAAUGACUUUACUUCUCGGUUCCAGAACGCUAUCUACAGAGGCGAUGUCGAGGACAGGAUUGAGAUGUUCAAGGAAGUUGACCUUUAUCCCCUCGCCUAUGUCACUGCGAAAGCCCACGGAUUGACUGAAGAGGCGGAGUCCAUCCUCGAAACUUGUGGUCUUACCGAAGACCAGAUCAAGUUACCCACCAUUGGUGAAUUCCAACAGACCCCAGUGCCUAUUGUCCCUACCUUCAAGACCAACUGGCCUACAAAGGCUGCUGGUCACUCUGCUUUCGAAAAGGCUCUUCUUGGUGAGGUUGGUGGAGGCGAGGAAGAGGCAGCUUUGGACAUUGAGGAGGAGGAAGAGGAGGCAGCAGCAGCAGGUCAGGAUGUUCUUGAGGAAGAGGAAGAAGAUGUUGCCGGCUGGGAUAUGGGUGACGAGAUUAAUGUUGAAGAGGAAAAUGACUUUGUCAACGUCGAGAGUGUAGAUGCUGGAGCAUCGAUUUCAGAAGCCGAUCUCUGGGCCCGGAACUCUCCAUUGGCUGCGGAUCAUGUGGCAGCAGGGUCUUUCGACACAGCUAUGCAACUUCUCAACCGUCAAGUGGGAGCUGUGCAAUUUGCUCCUCUCAAGUCGAGGUUCAUGGAGAUCUACACUGCUUCAAGAACAUAUCUUCCUGCUUCUACUGGAUUGCCUCCUUUGGUCAACUACAUUCGCAGGACAGUGGAUGAAACAGACUCUCGCAAGGUUUUGCCGAUCAUUCCUCGGGAUCUCGAUACCAUCGCCACUGUCGAUCUACAAGAGGGAUAUACCGCUAUGCGAUCUAAUAAACUCGAAGAGGGUGUCAAGAUCUUCAAACGUAUUUUGCAUACACUUCUUGUCAAUGUCGUUUCUUCUGAAGACGAGGUAGAACAAGCAAAGAAGAUUAUUGCGACUGCCAGAGAAUAUAUCCUUGCGAUGUCGAUUGAGCUUGAACGUCGUACUACACCUACAGAGAGCCCUGAGGACCUCAAGCGAGCCCUUGAACUUUCCGCCUACUUCACCAUCCCCAAGCUUGAGGUUGCCCAUCGCCAACUAGCCUUGAUGGCUGCCAUGAAGCUAGCGUUCCAGAACAAGAACUACUCGUCGGCCUUGAGCUUCGCCAACCGCAUGAUUGCUAACGGUGGUUCCGCCAAAUUGUUAGAGCAGGCUAGGAAGAUCAAAGCGCAAUGCGAGCGUAAUCCACACGACAAGAUCGAGGUCGACUUUGAUCAGUUUGCAGACUUCGAGAUUUGCGCGGCGUCAUACACACCCAUCUACAGCGGGUCUCCAAGUGUAUCAGAUCCUUACACCGGCGCCAAAUAUCAUGAACAAUACAAGGGAUCGGUGGAUCGCAUCGCCGAAGUCACCGAGAUCGGUGCUCCAGCCAGUGGUCUUCGCCUUUUCGUGUCUGGUCUAUAG